ACCGAGUGGAGCAGUGAGGUUGGGCGAUAAACAGGCUGUGGCUGGGGAGGAGGGGCGGGGGCAUUUGUUCCUCUGGGACUUUUCACGCCCCCUAUUUCGUUAGGUGUGGUUAGGUUCGGACGCGGGGUCCUGGCGGCGGGCUGGAGCCUACUUCUUUGUGAAAGGGGAAAGUAGCUCCCUCGGAGCACUGGUGAAGUUGCGGAGCGGGUGCGAAACGGCGGUUUUCCCCUAUGCCAGCCAAAUGGUGCGGCCCUGAGCUGUUUCAGGACCCAGCCCGACGUGUCUGAGAGAGGCCCCGGAGGGGGCAGGGAGGUGGCCCGCAGAACGCGGGUUCUGUGAAGAGACGUGGAGAAAAUUCGACUCGGAGAAGAGGAAGAGCCCGAUUGAAAGGGAGCGAGGCCGCUGAGGGGGAGGGGGCUGCCAAGAUGGCGUCGGCCUCCUCAGGGCCGUCGUCGGUCGGGUUUUCAUCCGCGGAUCCCGGCGUCCCUUCCUGCGCCUCGUCCUCAGGUUUCAACUUUCUGUGCUGUGGGGUCAGCCGUAAGAGAGCAUCUGGAAUCAAGAGACCCAUGGCAUCUGAGGUGCCAUAUGCCUCUGGCAUGCCCAUGAAGAAAAUAGGCCACCGAGGUGUUGAUUCCUCAGGAGAGACGACAUAUAAAAAGACAACCUCAUCUGCCUUGAAAGGUGCCAUCCAGUUAGGCAUUACUCACACUGUGGGAAGCCUGAGUACCAAACCAGAGCGUGAUGUCCUCAUGCAAGACUUCUAUGUGGUGGAGAGUAUCUUCUUUCCCAGUGAAGGGAGCAACUUGACUCCUGCUCAUCACUACAAUGACUUUCGCUUCAAAACCUAUGCACCUGUUGCCUUCCGUUACUUUCGGGAGUUAUUUGGUAUCCGGCCUGAUGAUUACUUGUACUCCCUCUGCAGUGAGCCACUGAUUGAACUCUGCAGCUCUGGGGCCAGUGGUUCCCUCUUCUAUGUGUCCAGUGACGAUGAAUUCAUCAUUAAAACGGUCCAGCAUAAAGAGGCGGAGUUUCUGCAGAAGCUGCUUCCAGGAUACUACAUGAACCUCAACCAGAACCCUCGCACUUUGCUGCCUAAAUUCUAUGGACUGUACUGUGUGCAGGCAGGUGGUAAGAACAUUCGAAUUGUGGUGAUGAACAAUCUCUUACCACGGUCAGUCAAGAUGCACAUCAAAUAUGACCUCAAGGGCUCAACCUACAAACGGCGGGCUUCCCAAAAAGAGCGAGAGAAGCCUCUACCCACCUUUAAAGACCUGGACUUCUUACAAGACAUUCCAGAUGGUCUUUUUUUGGAUGCUGAUAUGUACAAUGCUCUAUGUAAGACCUUACAGCGUGACUGUUUGGUGCUGCAGAGCUUCAAGAUAAUGGACUAUAGCCUCUUGAUGUCAAUCCAUAACAUAGAUCAUGCCCAACGAGAGCCCUUAGGCAAUGAAACACAGUAUUCAGUUGAUACUCGCAGACCAGCCCCCCAAAAGGCUCUCUAUUCCACAGCUAUGGAAUCUAUCCAGGGCGAGGCUCGGCGAGGUGGCACCAUGGAGACUGAUGACCAUAUGGGUGGCAUCCCGGCCCGCAAUAGUAAAGGGGAAAGGCUGCUGCUUUAUAUUGGGAUCAUUGACAUUCUUCAGUCUUACAGGUUUGUUAAGAAGUUGGAGCACUCUUGGAAAGCUCUGGUACAUGAUGGGGACACCGUAUCAGUGCAUCGGCCAGGCUUCUAUGCUGAACGGUUCCAACGCUUCAUGUGCAACACAGUGUUCAAGAAGAUACCCUUGAAGCCCUCUCCUUCCAAAAAGUUUCGGUCUGGCUCAUCUUUCUCUCGGCGAGCAGGCCCCAGCGGCAACUCCUGCAUUACUUACCAGACAUCGGUCUCUGGGGAGCACAAGGCACAAGUGACAACAAAGGCGGAAGUGGAGCCAGGCGUCCACUUCGGUCGUCCUGAUGUUUUACCUCAGACUCCACCUUUGGAGAAAAUCAGUGAGGUCACGACUAUUCCUGACCCCUAUUUCUCACCUGUAGUUGGAGAGACUUUACAAAUGCAAACUACAAGUUCAAUCCUCUUGGAAAAGCCUGAAGUUGCAGAGUCAGAGUUCACCCAUGUGAGUGUCUGGGAUGUGGGGGAGGUAAAUGCUUUGAAGGGUAUAAAGAUGAUCACUGAUGGAGUGGAACAAGGAGUUAAUUGGCAAGGUUAGAGGGACUGGGUGCCCCCCUAAAUCUUGCCUUUUUAAAUUUUGUGGUUUGGGAACCUUGUACUUGCAAGCAGAGACUGAAAUAGAAGAAGACUUCUUAACUCUUCUAAUCAGGUUGAAAUUAACUUGAAUUCCAUUCCUGGCUCCUCAUCUCAUACUCCACAUCCUUAAUUUUACACUCUUUCCCUUUCCAGUGAGCAAAAAAAUUCAGAAGACUUAGAACAAGAUUCUACCAGCUUGGUGAUCCCAAGAUGCCAGCCCUUGCCCCAGCAAUGCUGAGUUUUCUUCUUCGUGGUCAUCACAGAAGAAGCAUAUUGGAGGCUAGGGGGGGCUGUCUCUUUCCUGAAGAAGAUCGUCUUCUCCCUCCCUUUCCUUACAAAUGGGCCUUAGUGCCUUGGACAGUUGAGGACAGCAGCGUCCUCCCCACUUCUGAGUUGAGUGGCAUGAGUUUUCAACUGGCCAGCCUUGGCUUCCACAAAUGAAUUGUUUUCAAGCCCCCAAUUCUUCCUGCUAGAAGUGGGGUUGCUGCACUUGGUGGUUUUCUUCCUCCUCAUCUACCCUUCACCAGGAGCUGGACUCUUAUUUCCUCAGGACAGACUGGCUGGCACCUUAUCUCCACCUUAGCUCUUUCUCUGGAAGAAGACCCUGGUAACUUUUGUAAAGGUUUUGGGGGAGUAAUGGUGUUAAACCAACUCCCAACUUCCUUUUUUUUUUUUUUUUUUUUUUCUUAAAAAAAAGGAAAAGAAAGACUAGCGCACAGCACACAAUUUCAAGCUAGUUUCAGAUCAAAACUCCAGAAGUGUUGGAGAGCUGCCUGUUCAUGGGGUUCCCUCAGAAGAGCCCCCUGGUGUUUGAGAAAUGGAAGUGUGGAACUGCUUUGCCAAGAGCAGCACCUCUUUAACUCCACCUCUCUUGAUGAAUUUCUUAAGCCUGAAGGAAUGGAGAGAGUGGGACAUGGGGUAAUCUUUACCCCUUUGGUUGAAACAGAAGUGCAGUCAUGGGGCUGGAAGAUCAGAGCCCUUCCUAGGCAGGACCCGACUCACUGCGGGGCCAUCACGAUUAUUACUGUUCUGCAAUUUGAAAUAUAUUCUGCUUGUUUUUCUAAAUACGAAGACUUAAUCAAAUGAAUUUGGAUCCUUCUCGAAAGGUUUCUUCCUUGCCCUUCCCACCUUUUCUGACAAAGUUCUGGUGUUCGUGGAGUUCAAGUGGAAAGGGGACACCUGUGUCCAUUUAACAGGCAGUCUAGCUAUGAGGCUAGAGGAUAUUCUCUUAGACUCACGGGGAGCCAGCAGAUUCUUGCCUAGGUGAGGUCAUUGCUGUGCCACAUGCCCUGCCCCUUCUCAUACAGAGAACUCGGAAAUGGGAGCUUUGUAAUCCCUCUGUUCCCGUCUCCAAGAGUUGUGGUUCCCCAUCUGAUCCUCCUACUCCUGCCAGGGGAAGAAGGAGGCCUGGCAUCUCAGGCAGAUUGUUGAAGACUCUCCUGUCCAUCCCACCCGACCUUGAUAGUAGGGUAGCCCAUCCCCCAAGUAACUGUCUAUAUUAGACACCCCCAGCCAGUUUCUGGCUGCCUGUCUUUGCUGCCAUGUUCUUUUUUACAAGAAGGAAAGAAACAAUUCUUGCUAUUUUUUUUCAUAAUUUACUAUUUAUGAUGUAUUUAAGUGUUUUAUUCAGGACAGAGUUCUGUAGGGGGUGGGAGGGAAUAUUUGAGGGAGGCUGGGUCUUAGGGAAGGGAAUGGGGAAUCAAAAUUUUUAUGAAGUGUCAUUAUUUGCCUCUACUUUGUAUUGUUCAGAAAUCGCAAAUGCAAUAUAAAAGUGAUAAAUCCUUGGUUUUAAUGUAUUAAACUUUCAUCAGUUAUUUAGA